AUGGCCACUCCCGAGGUUAUCCUGCAGGGCGUUAACGUCCUCGGCCCUGUCAACGACACCCAGCGCAAGAUCCUCACCCCCGAGGCGCUGACCUUCCUUGCUCUGCUGCACCGCUCCUUCAACGCGCGCCGCAAGGCCCUACUUGAGCGCCGCAAGAUUCGCCAGGCUGAACUCGACAAGGGCGUCCUUCCUGACUUCCUGCCCGAGACCAAGCACAUCCGCGACGACCCGACAUGGAAGGGUGCGCCGCCCGCUCCGGGUCUCGUCGACCGCCGUGUCGAGAUCACCGGCCCUACGGACCGCAAGAUGGUUGUCAACGCCUUGAACGCUGAUGUCUGGACCUACAUGGCCGACUUUGAGGAUUCGAGCGCCCCGACCUGGGACAACAUGGUUAACGGCCAGGUUAACCUCUACGAUGCCAUUCGCCGUCAGAUUGACUUCAAGCUCGGCAACAAGGAGUACAAGCUCCGCACCGAUCGGACUCUGCCGACCCUCAUUGUGCGCCCUCGUGGCUGGCACCUUGAGGAGAAGCACGUCACCGUCGACGGUGAGCCCAUGAGCGGCUCGCUCUUCGACUUCGGUCUCUACUUCUUCCACAACGCCAAGGAGACCCUCAAGCGCGGCUUCGGCCCCUACUUCUACCUGCCCAAGAUGGAGUCUCACCUCGAGGCACGUCUCUGGAACGACGUCUUCAACCUCGCCCAGGACUACAUCGGCAUCCCCCGCGGCACCAUCCGCGCCACUGUCCUGAUCGAGACCAUCCUUGCUGCCUUCGAGAUGGAGGAGAUCAUCUACGAGCUCCGCGACCACAGCGCUGGCCUCAACUGCGGUCGUUGGGACUACAUCUUCAGCGUUAUCAAGAAGUUCCGCCAAAACCCCAACUUUGUGCUGCCUGACCGCGGCCAGGUCACCAUGACCGUGCCCUUCAUGGAUGCUUAUGUCAAGCUCCUCAUCCAGACCUGCCACAAGCGCGGCGUCCACGCCAUGGGUGGCAUGGCUGCUCAAAUCCCGAUCAAGGAUGACCCCGUAGCCAACGAGAAAGCCCUCGAAGGCGUGCGCGCUGACAAGCUGCGUGAGGUGCGCGCCGGCCACGACGGCACUUGGGUUGCUCACCCGGCCCUCGCCUCGGUCGCCUCUGAGGUCUUCAAUAAGUACAUGCCUACUCCCAACCAGCUCUUCGUGCGUCGCGAGGAUGUCAAGAUCACCGCCAACGACCUGCUUAACAUGAACGUGCCCGGCAAGAUCACCGAGGACGGCAUCAAGAAGAACCUGAGCAUCGGUCUUGGCUACAUGGAGGCCUGGAUCCGCGGUGUCGGUUGCGUGCCUAUCAAUCACCUGAUGGAGGACGCCGCCACAGCUGAAGUGUCUCGCAGCCAGCUGUGGCAGUGGGUGCGCCACGGCGUGACCACCGCUGAGGGCAAGCGCGUCGACAAGGCGUACGUGCUCAAGCUGCUCAAGGACAUCGCCGCCGACCUGGCUGCCAAGGCCCCCAAGGGCAACAAGUACCAGCUGGCCGCUCAGUACUUCGCCACCCAGGUCACCGGCGAGGACUACGCCGACUUCCUGACGUCGCUGCUCUACGACGAGAUCACCAGCGCGGGCAGCCCCAAGCCGGCGUCGAAGCUCUAA